AUGAGUGCUCGCGACAGCGAUAUCGACGUAGCGUUCCAGUCGACUGCACUGGACGUGGUGGGCUCGUGGCUGAUUGGUGGACGAUCCAGUGAAGACAGCACGACCGAGCACGAGACGCAGCCGCCAGUCCGUCGUCCUGUCGCGCUCUAUCGGCCGUCGUCGUCGUCGUCCGCACCGCUUCUGACGCGACCGAAUGCCGCGUCUGCAGACCUUGUGCUGACGGAGAAGGAGCGAGAGAUGAAGCACAAGAUGCUGCGCAAGCAUCGAGGCACACAUGCAGAAGAGGCGGUAAAGGCGGAGCAGGAGGCACAGCAGCAGCGAGAAGAGGCACAGGACAAAGAAGAGCAGGAGCUCGUGCGGCUCAAGACGCAGAAACACAAGAGCAAGCGCCAACGCACGGCGCAGGACGAGCUCCUUGACACGUUGAGGGAUGAAGCAACGAAGAAGAAGGCCAAGAAUCUGAAACGGAAGUUGCAGCUGCAACGGAAGACGCAGCAGCAGCAGCGACAACGGAAGCAGCAGAAUGGAAUCGGCGUUGUCGCGAAGUGA